AUGGUCCAGUCGACCAUCAUCACCCGGCUUGAUGGCAUGCCACUAGCAGCUACCGUCGAUGAUGCUCAGGUGGAAGAGAAUCUCCAGCAGUACAAAGAACAGGCAAAGAUGAUAUUCCGUCGUCUGACUUCGAACUCCGAAACCCAAGCAUCCAUUGAAUCCGGCUCUUACACUCUUCACUACCUGAUCCAAGACGGCGUCUGCUACCUCUGCAUCUGCGAACGUUCCUACCCUCGUAAACUCGCCUUCACAUACCUAUCCGACAUCGCCACCGAAUUCACCUCUUCAUAUCCUCAACGUGAAGUCCACUCUCCUACCGUUCGUCCUUACCAGUUCGUCGACUUCGAUACCUUCAUGCAGCGUACAAAACGUACAUACCAGGAUACCCGUGCCACCCAGAAUCUCGACAAGCUAAACGAUGACCUGAAAGACGUAACAAGGGUUAUGACGAAGAACAUUGAGGAUCUUCUUUACAGAGGUGAUAGUCUGGAUAAGAUGGGGGAUAUGAGCAUUCGGCUGAAACAAGAUUCGGCAAAGUAUAAGAAGGCCGCAAGACGGAUAAAUUGGGAUUUACUGAUCAGACAAUAUGCACCAUUUGCACUGCUGGGAUUUAUUGUGAUUAUAUUCAUAUGGUGGAGAUUCUUUUAG